AUGCUGUUACCUAUGUUUAAGAUCAAAUUAGUAAGGAUACUAUCUAAUAUUCUCAAUAGUACAUCAAAGUUUGGGAUUGAGAUUAUUAGCGCUUUUCCACUUCAAGGAUACCAUACAGAAAAGAAACCAUAUAUCUCCUCGAAUGAUCUAAACUGUCAAUACUAUUAUCGUAAAGUAGCCUUAUCUGUGAAUAAUUACAAUCCAAUAAGCGAUAAUGAGUAUAAUAAUUCAUUAUUUUUCUCAGCACUUUCACGGGAUUGCACUCUUGUUCUCACGUGGGAUAUUGAGACAUAUAGCUCACAAAAAAUAGGUGAGGUGCCUAAUACAAAAUACGAAGAAGACGUUGUGUUCAUGAUUUGUAUGACUGUUCAUUGGAAAAAUGAUCCUGAACCGUUAAAACAAAUCUGUCUUAUCAAUAGUUAG